GAACCACCCCUGAGAGCCGGUCACCACUGCUGAGCCGAGGUGCCUCCUGCGCCAGGUUCCCCCCGGGGCCUCCCCAGCAGCGAGCAGGCCUCGGCCAGGCCCAGUGCUGAUUGGCCGGGGGCUUAGGCAGCAUGGCUCUGCUGCUCCUGCUGGCUAGUGCCCUGUCGGGGACCCUGGCUGCCCAAGCCCGUGGUGACAGCAGGCUCUUGGUAGAGGUGCAGCAGUCUCCCCGCUACACGACCAUCCCAGAGGGGGGCUCGGUCAGCAUCACCUGCUCCACCAACGGGACCCUGAAAGGGCUCUACCUGAAGCAAAGCUGGCCCCAGGCCAUGUACGUGGUCUACUAUGAGGACGAGGAGAGCAGGACCUCCACUGUGGACCCACAGUUCCAGGGCCGCGUCAGCUUCUCGGGGCCUCAGAACAACCUGACCAUCACCAUGCACCACCUGCAGAAGGCCGACUCGGGCACCUACACCUGCGAGGCCGUCCAGGACUUCCUGGAUAGCAACGUCCCAGGCCCCGGCACCAUGGUCGCGGUGACAGACACACUGUCCCUGCACAGAUGCCAGGAGCCUCCACUGACGUCCCGCGCCCUCCCCGCUGCCCUGGCGGUGGGCUUCUUCCUCAUGGGGCUGGGCCUGGGGGUGCUGUGCACGCUGAGAAGGACGCAGAUUAAGGGAAUGUGCACCUCGAGGAAAAAGAGCCCGUCCAGCGUGGUGUAUGAGGACAUGUGCUACAGCCGCCGCAAUACCCUGUCCACCCCCAACCAGUACCAGUGAGCCCACAAGGCCCUCGGUGCCCCUCUGCCCACUGUCCUUCCGGCCCUGCCUCAGCAGAGCUUGCAGAGGCCCUGCUGACCUGCUGGCCCAGGUCCACACACAGGGACCAGGUUCCUGGGCACUCCCCAGUGGAUGGGGCACCUGGUCCAGGAAGCCUCCCUGCCCACCUCCCAGGCCCUCCAGGGGGCCCUGAUCAUGCUGCCACCAGGGACACACUGCGGCCACCCUCCCACUGCCUUUCCCUGCCGCAGCCUAGGAGGGCUCGCUCGGUUGGAUGGACUCAGGUGUGUGGCAGGUCCAGAGCUCCUGCAGCCUGGCAAAGGGGGCAGGGGAGGUCCACCCGCCCAGCCUGGAGGAAUAAAGUGUCGGUUUUCUCCCUU